UUGCCGUAGGUUUGAAAUAAAAAUAAAUUAUGAUUUCCCUUUAAUUUUCCCGGUCAGCUCGUAUAUCCUAAGAGUUUUCCUGAGUUUCUGGUAAAUAUAGUUGUAGUUUAUUUAAUACAAUUUACUUUACGAGUUCUGUUACUUGUGCGUCGCUUUAUUCGAGGCUCCGGGAACCUCGGAUCUGUUUCUUUGUUCCGCGGCCGCUCGGCCCUAUUCGGUUCUUGUCGUUCCGCGGAAGAAUGGACGAGGCAGCCUCGGCCACGAAGGCACUCGGGCUGGAUGAACCGCCCAUCGGUGGGUCGGUGGAGGGAGUGGGCUCGGAUACGGAGUCGGAGGCCGAAGUCGCUCCGAUGUCUGUGAUAGCGGAACCGCGAAACAUCGACAUGAGAGCCGAGCACCUCCCGAACUCAGACGAGGCCGAAGCGGCAUUCGCAGAGGUGGCUGCAGUGACCGUGGCGGAUGUUCAGGCUGCAGAGGACAAUGUUUUCACCACCACAGUCGCUACAUCCGCAAGCCUUCCUGAGCAUGUUCUGAGUGGCAGGACCACUCUGCAGCUGGGUGAAGGGCUCAGUACCCAGAAGGCCACCCUGAUUGUGGUUCACACUGAUGGCAGCAUCGUGGAAGCAACGGGCCUCAAAUCUGCUGCCACCAUCACAUCCGGCCCUCAGACUCCACCCACUCCUCUGACUCCGCUGCAGGACAAAGACUCUUGCUCCAAAUACAACUGGGACCCGUCUGUGUACAACAACGAGCUGCCAGUCCGCUGCAGGAAUACGAGCGGAGUCCUGUACAAGAACCGGCUGGGAUCAGGGGGCAAAGGUCGUUGUAUCAAACACAACCAGCAGUGGUUUGCUCCAACUGAGUUUGAAGCUUUAGCGGGAAGAGCGAGCAGCAAAGACUGGAAGAGGAGCAUCAGAUACGCUGGCCGACCUCUGCUCUGCCUCAUACAGGAGCAUAUUCUGAACCCUCAUGCUGCUUCCUGUACGUGUGCCGCCUGCUGUGAUGACCUGACACACUCACCAAAGGAAGGGGACUCUGUGACACCAGAAAAUAUCACCAUGACCGGCCCUGUCCGUCUCUUUGUUCCUUACAAAAGACGGAAGAAGGACAACGAGCUCCCGGUUGUACCAGUCAAGAAGGACCUCAGCCCCCUGAAGAAUAUCCAGCUGACUCCAGGAACCACGUUCACAGUGUCCCCGUCGGGGCAGUUUGCUGCCUCCAGCACAUUGACCUUUGACCGUACGCCAACAAGCGACGCUGCCUCAGCCGCCAUCAUCUCAGACGGGUCAGCACAGGGUGACGUGUUCGCCAGCACCACAGUGCUGACAGCGCUGCCGGCUCUGGCUGUUGCUCCUCAGCCCAUCCAAGCCAAAGUAGCAGUGGCCUCCGCGGCAUCGUCACCGUCGGCAACGCUGGUGGCGGGGCUGGAAGUGGCGCCUGUAGGGGAUGCGUGUUCGGCCGUGAAUGAAGGAGAGAAGAACACCUGGGUGUACCUGGAGGAACUGGCAAACACACUGAUGAGCAAUGUGCAGCAGCUGAAGGCCCUGAUAGAACAGGCCAAAAAUGCUGCUGGGGAGCCCGCAGGGGUCAAAGGCCAUGGGGGCAGGAAGGAGUGUGGACUGGGUCAGCCUUUCCAGAACCAGAUCUCGUUUCAGCAGCCAGAUGACUCAGAGACCAAAAGGAGCUCUGACAUCACAGAGAUCAUCAUCAAUGAGAUGUGUGUGAACUGUGGCCGGAUGGCGAUGAGCGAGUGUACAGGAUGUCACAAAGUCAAUUACUGCUCCACAUUCUGCCAGAGGAAGGACUGGAAGGAUCACCAGCAUUUAUGCUGUCAGUCGUCAGGGGGCGUCGGUGUUCCAGAGGAGGAGGCAAUCACAGCCAUCGACAUGGACAAAGUGAAAUGAAGGCGGAGCUAGCUGCACUGCUGCUCCUCUUCUCUUCAGCUGCUCCGGUGCAACAGUUAGAACAGUUACUCCCAUCACUUUACAUCACAUUAUCACAGCGGCAACUAGUGUUUAUGAGAGGAACUGCAUCUGAGCAAACUGAACAAUAGUUAAAGUUCAGUAUAUAACUGUAAGAUUGGAGCUCAGUACUCGGUAUGCCAUGCUGUGUGGUAAAGUUGUCAAAUCAAACUGAAUACUAGAUGUCUAUUUUUUUAUGAUCUUGUUUGUUUUAUUUUUAUUCAACAUCACAAUACUUUCAUUUAGCACCUUUCCUGAGAGACAGAGUUCACUUUGCUAACUUGUUGCCAUUUUAACUCGUCAUGAAGAUAUUUAAGCCUUUACCGCCAGCCCUGGUAAAAUGAGGAUGAGAAACAUCAAUCAAAGAUAAACCUUCUCUCAUAUAUGUUACUGUAGCCAUGUGCUGAAAAUUGAAAAUAUAAUUAUCUUAAAUGAGAAAAAAAAAAUCUGU